AAAGUGCUCUUUUGAUAUCCGUGCCUUAACACAAUUGCUUUACAUAUCGAGUAUAUUGAGAAGAAUUCGUGAAUUUUAUGAAUAACAAAGUUUUAUCGCCGAUUAUCAUAUCAUUUUGUCUAAAUAAAUGUGUAACAUUUCCACUCACAAGUGAUUCAUAAUUGUGCACCGAUAUCGGAUAUAGGAAAUAAAUUUAAGUAGAUAAAAAAAAGAGAAGUAAAUUAUUUGAGACAAUUUCUUUCGGAUGAGUAGAAUAACAUCCAGUAGCAACAAGAUGCCUGUUGUAAACAGUAACAAUAAUGACUCGUCGACGCUUGUGAAUGACGUUAAAGUGAAAAUAGCAUAUAAUGGUGAGGUGCUCAUCUUUUAUAUUGACGAGAACAUCACGUAUGAGGAGUUAUGUAAAGAAAUUCGUGGCAUAUGCCGUUUUGCAUCAGAUCAAGUGUUCACAAUGAAGUGGAUUGAUGAGGAGAAUGACCCGUGUACCAUAAGUUGUCAAAUGGAGCUAAAUGAAGCUAUUCGCUUGUAUGAAGUUAAUCGUGAUUCAGAAUUAUUUAUUCAUGUCUUUCCAAAUGCACCGGCUGCACCUGGACUCUCGUGUAUCGGUGAGGAUAAAAGUAUUUAUCGUCGCGGUGCGAGACGCUGGCGUAAGUUAUAUCGCAUAAAUGGACACAUUUUUCAAGCAAAACGUUUUAAUCGAAAAGCAUUUUGUGCAUUCUGCCACGAUCGUAUUUGGGGUCUUGGACGGCAAGGCUUUAAAUGUAUUCAAUGUAAAUUACUGGUUCAUAAAAAAUGUCAUAAGCUCCUUCAGAAGCCAUGCAAUGAACAAGUAGAGCCAAUUGAUCGUAUCGAACGCAAUGGAGAGAGUGAACAAAAAAUGGCACAAGCAGAAGUGCCGACAACAAUUGUUGAAUAUCCACAUGGUGAUUGUGAUCAAGUGGCUGUUGAGUCGAUGGCUCAAUCGCAUACAGAUGAGCCACUUGAGCCGGGUACACAGCGACAAUAUUCUCUCAUUGACUUCGAGUUAAUACGCGUUAUUGGCCGUGGUAGUUAUGCUAAAGUUCUUAUGGUUGAAUUGAAGCGAACUAAACGCAUUUAUGCAAUGAAAGUCAUCAAGAAGGCAUUGGUGACUGACGAUGAGGACAUCGAUUGGGUUCAAACAGAAAAACAUGUCUUUGAGACAGCUUCAAAUCAUCCAUUCCUUGUAGGCCUUCAUUCGUGCUUCCAAACACCAUCACGUCUAUUUUUCGUCAUUGAGUUUGUACGAGGUGGUGAUUUAAUGUUCCAUAUGCAGCGUCAACGUCGUUUGCCGGAGGAACAUGCUCGAUUUUAUGCUGCCGAAAUAAGUUUAGCACUCAAUUUCCUACACGAAAAAGGUAUCAUUUAUCGUGACUUGAAACUAGACAACGUCUUAUUAGAUCAUGAAGGACACAUCAAGUUAACAGAUUAUGGAAUGUGUAAGGAGGGUAUCAAGCCAGGCGAUACAACAGCAACAUUCUGUGGUACACCAAAUUAUAUUGCACCAGAAAUUCUACGUGGCGAAGAUUAUGGAUUUAGUGUUGAUUGGUGGGCAUUAGGUGUACUGCUUUAUGAGAUGCUUGCCGGCAGAUCUCCAUUUGAUAUUGCUGGUGCAUCCGAAAAUCCAGAUCAAAAUACCGAAGACUAUCUCUUCCAAGUAAUUCUCGAAAAGACAAUCCGUAUACCACGUUCAUUGAGCGUAAAGGCAGCAUCAGUUCUUAAAGGAUUCCUCAACAAAAAUCCAGCUGAUCGAUUGGGAUGCAAUCGUGAAGGCUCAUUUAUGGACAUUGCAAAUCAUCCAUUCUUUAAACAAAUCGAUUGGGAUAUGCUGGAGCAAAAGCAAGUGACACCACCGUUUAAGCCAAGAUUAGAUUCAGAUAGAGAUAUAAGAGAGGAUUUAGCAAACUUCCCACCUGAAUUCACUGACGAGCCAGUUCAUUUAACACCUGACGACGAGCGUAUAAUCGAGAAAAUCGAUCAAUCUGAAUUUGAAGGCUUCGAAUAUGUUAAUCCUUUAUUGAUGUCACUCGAAGAUUGUGUUUAAGGUUGCUCAUAAUGCGAUUAGUUAUAUUGGAUUCUUCUUUAUUUUGAGAUCGCAAUCAUCACCAUUUUUUUUAUACAACCACAACCAUCAUGAAGUAUAUGUAUGUAGACUGGGGAAAAACAUGAACAACAUUUUUAUCACAUCACGUAUUGUAUGGCCAGUUCCAUUAUUGCUUUAUAUACUUAUGUAUACCCUACUCUCAUUGUAAGUAUUGAAACGAAAAUUCCCAUUGAUCCCAUUGUAAUAUUUCUUCUUCUCCUUAAUUUUUUUUUUGCUUAAAAAAC